CUCUUCCUCAUCGGGAAGAACCUCUAGGCCUACAGGAACUAAUUGUGCAGACUACGCUGCAGCACCAACAGCAGCGGCACACCCACCUGCAGACCAAUUAUCACCACACGUGCAUCAAUCAAUACAACCUCAGCCACCACACGUAACUACAACAACCGCGCCCACUCCUGCCUUUCCCUACUCUCCCGAAAACCAGAACGUCGAAGGCGCAGGCGCAGCCACCACUUGUUCCCUUGAAAAAAUCGAGUUUUUGUGUGAUGAAGAACCUGCGCAGGCUGCUCAUCUCAGUCGCAGUGCACACCUCUUUUAUGACUAUGUUGUAGUAGCUAAAUCUACUAAAUUCUACAUCAGGUUCCUCAACAUCACUAUGAUCUUUCGCAGCCCUAAUGCUACUUAGUUGCUUUCCUUAAAUAAUAGCUUGUCUAAGUCUUGCUGUCAGGAGACUCCUCAGGGGAGUCACAAGGAGCUUCUGUGAAAACCAGUGCGCGGCGCAUUAAAGAUGCAACAAGGACUGCUGCCGCACAAGGACAUCAAGACAAAGACUCAGGUGCACCAUCUUCUUCUAGUAGACCAUCAACAUCUCAGC